CUGCCAUUUGACGUAGUGGCGAAACUUUCAAGUAGUAGAAAAUGGCGUUUCGUGACUUUUAGCACAUGCCAAUUUUCUCCGCUCAUAUCUAUGUAUCCUUUAUAGGACCAGCAAAAGGUUUUUUGGCUCAUAGGAUUUAAGGAAAAUUGUACAAGAUUUGCUUAAUAACAGAAUCGGAAAUGGUAUGCCUGCACGAUGAGGGUCACUUGAGGGUGACUGUCCGAGAUACCAUAUUGCAUUCAGCAAAGAAACAGUCGUAUGUUCUUCUGACCCCAACAAAAACCAUCGAAAGUAUCUUUAAGGAGAUCUCUAGGGAAUUUGAAUACAAUGCUGAUGAAAUUGAACUUGUGUUGCAGAAAAGGGAUGGCACUACCUAUGUUUUGAACGAUCAUAAAGAUAAGACGGUUCAGGAAGCAGAUAUAUCGUGGAGCCCGUCUGAACGCUUGUCCAUCAUAAUAAAUCAGGUAAAGAACAAAACCAUGUCUUUGUAUGUUCACGAUGUCGCCGAAGACGAUCUGCUUCUUGGUGCCUCAGCCAGCCCCACCACCGGAGAAAUGCCUAGUUGCACAUAUUACACAACACCUGUUAGAAUGAGCGAAUUCGAACCAAAUUACCCAACAUCGUCUCACUCGCAACUAAGACCAACGAUUGUGGAGUCAACAAACUACGUGGGGCUAGUCAAUCAAGCGAUGACGUGUUACCUUAACAGCUUGCUGCAAGCGCUCUUUAUGACUCCGGAAUUCCGAAAUGCCCUGUACAACUGGGAAUUUGACGGCCUCAACGAGACACGCUCCAUCCCGUACCAAUUGCAAAAGUUGUUCUUGAAUUUGCAGACUUCUUCGAAGUCUGCCGUGGAGACUACAGAUUUAACGACCAGCUUCGGCUGGCAAGGCAGCGACGCCUGGCACCAACACGAUAUCCAAGAACUUUGCAGGGUUAUGUUCGAUGCGUUGGAACAGAAAUUCAAGGACACGAAGCAGGCUAACCUCAUCAACGAUCUCUACGAGGGUAAAAUGUUGGAUUAUGUCAAAUGCUUGGAUUGUGGGACGGAGAAGUCCCGCGAGGACACGUUUCUGGAUAUCCCUUUACCAGUCAGGCCUUUCGGUAGUACAGUGGCUUAUAAUAGCGUAGAAGAAGCCUUAAGGGCCUUUGUGCAGCCCGAAACUUUAGAUGGUAACAAUCAAUAUCACUGUGAGAAAUGUAACAAAAAAUGUGAUGCACACAAAGGACUGAAAUUUACAAAGUUCCCGUAUUUGCUUACGUUGCAUUUAAAACGGUUUGAUUUCGAUUACAACACGAUGCAUAGGAUUAAACUUAAUGAUAAGGUCGUUUUCCCAGAAAAAUUGAAUUUAAACUCAUUUAUAACAUCUAGUUCAUCAGUAAACGAGCCGAUGGAAGAAAGGGAACACGCCGUAAAAUGUGAUGAUUGUAGCACCACUGAUUCGGGUUCGGCGGAUGAUGAAAGUUGUCAAGGAACAGAUGUGUCUUCCACAGUGAACGGCCAAGAUGAUAACUGUGUCGACAGUGACGAAGGUAUAGAUGUGAGUUCCGGAAAUAACCAUCACGAGGAAGAAGCCAAGGGACCUUACGUAUACGAACUGUUCAGCAUCAUGAUCCACUCAGGGAGCGCAUCCGGGGGCCAUUAUUAUGCCUACAUCAAAGAUUUCGAUAAGAAUAUGUGGUAUUGCUUUAACGACCAGAGCGUCAGCGGGAUUACCGAAGAUGACAUACGCAAGACUUACGGGGGCGGCCCACAGAGAGGUUACUAUUCGGGGGCCUACAGUUCCAGUACGAACGCCUACAUGUUGAUGUACCGCCAGGUGGACAAGGAUCGAAAUUGUCGGGCGAUAACCGUGGAUCAGUUCCCGCCGCACAUUCAGAAGUUACUCCAGGACAUGCGUAGGAAGGAGGAAGAGGAUCGGAUCACUAGAGAAAAGGAGAACGACAUGAUUAAGAUUAACGUGUACUGCCACCAUCCCGGUAGCAACACGCUUCAGGACGUUAAGAUAUCCGUGUUCAGCGACUCUACUCUGGCGGAAGCCGUGCAGUACGCUCACCAGCGAUUUAAGCUUGAAUCGUACGUGGACGUGGAGGAUUGCAGGAUUGUCAUAUAUAACAAGAAACUCGAUUGCGUCGACUGCAAUUUUGAUUCUAACGAAUUGAAAUUGUGCGACAUCAUCCACAGGAUUAAUCAGAUAAUUAUUUACGAUUGGUUGCUGGAGAUAAAGGAACCUGGUACUGACUUUCCAAACUAUAAACCGGGCGGCAUAAACAUGAAAGUGUACCCAAUCAACUUGGAAACAGAAGAAGUAGAAGAGCCUAGGCUAGUCCGUGUAGAUAUCGACGAUACCGUGAGAAUCCUCAAAUCGAAGCUCUCGUCUGUAUUCAGCAUGGAAGUGGAUAGUAUUAAAGUUGUAUUAGAAACGAGCGGCAACGAUCUGAAAUACCUGGAGUGCGACGACACUGUUGUCAAGUUCGACGCGACUAGCAGGGAACAAAAAUUGUACAUUUCCAAUUCCAUUGACGAUGAUCCCGACAAGAGCUUUCAGACUUCGAAGUUGAAAAGAGUUAUUGAACACUUUGGUUACAUAAUUACCGUGAACGUAGUUUUACCAGAAACCGAUGUCGCAACGUUAGAGUCUUUGUCUAUACCGUCGUUGGAUUUGAACCAAAACUUGGACAAGUUGGAUUUAGCCUGUGGUGACCGGGGAUCAAAUUCGCCGGGUUUAAGAGUUUCUCCGCAACCUUGCCAGGGCGACGGUUUUGGAGAUCAGAGCAACAGCGAGGAUAGCAGUUUAAGCGACAGUGAUCGAACGUUGGUGGGAGAAGCUCCAGGGGAAUGUCCGGCUUUGCUUUCGAGCAGCUCCAAUUCGCCCGCCGACCAACACAUGUCCUCGCCCACCGAUCCCUGUGAGGACUCGUAUAACUAUGCCGCACUAGGCCACCCGGGCGAGGAGAUGAUCUGGGACGACGAGGUGACCCAGCACGAAGCGCAGCAGCACUUUACGAAUUACUUUUUCAAAGUUACCAGUAUAGUUCACAACAGUGAUUCCAACUCAACGGACAAUAAUUACUCAAGGUGUUGUAAAAUAUUGGUAGACAACAGGAUGACCUUGGAGAGGUUCAAGAGGCACCUGGAGGUGAUCCUGAGGAUACCUUCAAGGUAUUUCAAGAUUUUCAAGCAGUACCCUAACUCGGAUGACGAAUGGAGCUGCUUGACGGACACUUUGAGACUGACAAAGGAUGGGGACAGGCUUAUAGUGAAAUUAGGCAGGGUGCUGAAGAAAGACGAAAUAAAAUGUGGUAUAUACCACUUGAAACCGGAUUGCAUGGAUACAAACAACUUCUUAUUUGAACAUAUCAUAACGAAAGGGCAGACCGUGAAGUCCGUCAAGAAGGAAAUUCUUUUACAAGCGAAGAAACAGCACAUGUUAGAUAUCCCGUACAACAAGUGCCGAUUGAGAGAGAAAGGUUGGAAGAAACCCAGAAAAGUCUAUCUCGAUGACCAAAAAUUUGACAGGGAUAUCUUGGUCACGCCGAAUUUUGAUAUGUUCCUGCAAGAACUCAACGAACCGGAGACGAUCACAUCAAAAGACCAGAUAGUGUACUUCGUGAGGCAGUGGUGUCCGUCGACCUUGACUUUGAAGCCCUUCCAGGAGGUCGUCAUGGAGAAUCUGACUCUGGAGGAGCUCAAAACGAAGAUAUCGGAAUUGUCGGGACUUCCUGUCGAAUAUGUGGACGUAGCGCACGUAAAAGCCACCUUCCCUUGUGAUAUGCACCUCUUAGGUAUACAUAACCAGCACGACUGGAACCCUAACAUAACAAACCUGGACCAGUGGCCUAUGCACGCCGACGAGCCGGGAAGCGUUUUCUUUUACAAAGACAAAAGAGAGGUACCGAAGGAACUAACGCCCGAGGAGCAUAAAGAGUUGUGCCAAAAAGAGAACGCUCGUCUGGGUAGGCCGAGUAUAAAAUCGUACUCUCCCGGCAGGGAGAGAGCCUUGAAGAUUUACCUGGACACAUCGCCCAGUAAAUCGAAUGAAAACUGUAUAGACUGACAAGCCACAAAACAAUACAACUCUUUAUUUUACUGCAUCAUAAGUUAAAUUAUCUGAGGUCGAUCGGUGAGGGUGCAUGUUUUAGAUAAUUAAUAUCUCGUUUAUUGGAACCUCGUGUCUUGUUAGUAAAUGUUGAAUUUUCAUCGAAAGGGGACAAAAUGGGUUUUUGAGUGGCGUCGGUUUGAGGCGAGAACACGAAUUCGGUGCUUGAGUUGAAACGUGUAACUUUGAAGUUGAGAAUCGAAUGAACUCCAAGAUCGAUUAAUUAUUAACCGGUUGAUUUUUCUUUGUUUACCACAACGAAAAUUCAUAAAACAUAAAUAUAUAAAUUGUCGUAUUGGCCUAAAAGUGAAAGUAAUUGUAUUUUAGAUAUAUUUGAUUUAGUAAUUUUGCAUAUUUAAAUAAUACGAGAAAAAAUUGAUCAGUAUUUACUAUCAGUAUGUAAUUGUACCUUAAUAAAUUAUUUCUUCGAGUGAUUGUUAAAUGUGGUUUGGAAACGGGGUUCUAAUAAACGAGAUAGACUUUUAUGUACCUGUGUUAGAGAAAUCUGAGCGAUGCUGAUUUAAAAUGGUUGUCAUAAGUUGUUGUUUGACGUUCUUCAUACCAGAAUACCGGGUAUGCGUGUUGAUAUUUCAUAAAUUAUACAUUGUAUUGUUUUUUUUUUAUUAAAUACUGUUCGUUACUGCAUUGAUAAAUAUUGUUUAUGGUUUUAAAGUAUGUUUCUGUCAUUUUUACAUUAUCCUCUAGAAUACCCUUACCAUUUUGUAUUUAUUUUAUAUUUAAAAUUAUUCUAGCUUUACAGUGUUUAGUAAUGCAAUGGUAUUUAUGUACGGAGCGAUGGUGGCGGCUUUGGUGUUUCUGAAAUUUUUCUGUGGUCGAUAUCCGCGGAUACGACUUCUCUUGUGCUCAGCGAAGUUGCAUAUACAUUUAUAAAAUUUCUUGUACAUUUUAAAGCACUUUUUCAUAAAAAAACUAUUGUCAAAUUUGUUGCAUCCUUAAGAUAUACGCGUUAUUAUUAAAUUUGCCGAUUGCCUUUUACCCCGACGCUCACUGUAAUGCCAUUGUUAUCUCGAUGGUCAUUUUGUCCCUUAUUCUGUACAGCAAACUGUUUCGUUUACUGGCAUAUAUUCAAAAACCCCAUUUUUAUAAUUUGGCAAAGUGGAUUCCAGGCCUACCUUUGGCUUUUAAUAUCUACACGAACCUACUUCGCUGAAGGAGUUCACAUUGCCAACGCUUGUCGUAUACAGCUACUUUGUAUAGAUAUUUAUUUGUGACUGAUCAAUAAAAAGCUGUUUAUCUAUA